AUGUUGGAUAUAACAGGAUUAUUUGAUGAAAGCUUGGAGGCUAUAAGGGCGAAUAAAUACAAUUAUCAAGACUUGUCAAGGAAAGACUUUGACUAUGAUGAUACACAAUUAAAAGACUCCAGAAGACAUUUUAAAAUUAUUUUAAAUAAUCGUCCUCCUAAAUACUGUCCUCCUGCUGAUUUCAUAAAUAAUGAUGACCGUGAAUUUGAAAGAUUAAUAAGAAUUGAUAAUAAUGAUCCAUUCAAUUAUGGUCCCGGUAAUUUUGACGUAAUAAUUUGCGUCGGUGAAGAACCAAACGUAGAAAGAUUCAGAAGUCAUUCUGUUAUUCUUAGUAAAAGAAGUUCAUAUUUCAGAACUGCUUUAUCAAGCAUAUGGGCAAAAAAAUGUG